GGCGCGGCCGCCGGAAGCGCGGGGGCCGCUUCCGGUGCGGCGGCAGUAGGGAGGGCGGCGCGGCGCGGUGAGGACGGGGGGGGGAGCUGCGGUCUCAGCUUUGUCCCAGAACAAGAGGAAGCCAUGGUGUGCAUUCCCUGUAUCGUCAUUCCGGUUCUUCUCUGGGUCUACAAGAAAUUCCUGGAGCCCUACAUCUAUCCCGUCAUCGCACCUUUCAUUAAGCGCGUGUGGCCCAAGAAAGCCGUGCGGGAAACGACGGCCACAAAACAAGGGCAAGGAGGCAGCGCUGGAAAUCCACGGGCACCUUCAGCCAGCGAAAGAGAUGAGGAGGAUGAGCCUGGAAUAUACAAAUUUGAAAGCAACGGGGUUGCAAAUGGAAUUGCUGCAAAGAGAUCCACAGGAAAUUCUGACAAGAAAACAGAUUAAAGGAAUUCAUUCGUAAGGAUUUCAUUCCCUGGUGUCCAAUAUGAACUGGCGAUUGAUAUUUCUCUCACUUUGAGACGCUUCCUUGCACAUUUCAGCUGAAUAAAACCCUUUAUCACGUA